AUGAGUGAAAGUAGUAGAUUAAUAGCAGAGAAACAACAGAGACUCUAUCAACAGCAGUUCGAACAACAACACAAACAACUCUCUGUGAAACAGUUGAUCGAAUUUAUAUUGAGAAUCAAUCUCGACAAUGAUAGUCUGUAUCCAGCGUUACGCGAUGGCAGAAUUCUCUGUCGAAUUAUGAACACCUUUCAUCAGCCCGCCGACUACAUUCACUUUAGUGAUUUCGAACCAUUACCAAAGUUUAAACAAAUCGAAAAUAUACAAUUGUUCUUAAAGAAAUGCAGCUUUGUUUCAUUCAUUCAUUCAUUUGCUUAUUGUUAUCUAUAUAGAUUAUAUGUACCUGAAGAUCAGUUGUUUCAUCCUAAUGACUUGUUGGAGAGUGCCGAUCUUCAGCAGGUACUCAAUUGCCUCUUGGCAUUGUUUGAUUACUUUCAAGACUAUAUAAAGAAUGACUUGUAUAAUAUGAACUAUUACAAUGGUGUGGGAGGUGGUGCUAACUUGAAUCGAAGUACAACAGGCACAGAUUACUAUUACAAUGCCAACGGCGGAAUAUCUUAUUUCUAUCCAUAUUAUCAAGUUGAUAAUGAUAAUAAUAACAAUAGCAAUAAUAAUAAUCAUUCACAACAACAACAAGAUAUGUAUGAUCAAUCAUCAUCUAAUAACAAUAAUAAUAAUAGUGAAGAUCAAUGUAUAAUACCAAAGAAAGGAUUGAAUGGUUAUAUUUUAGAUUGCAUCAUCGGCACGAGAAAAUAUAUUUUAGCACCAUUCUUUAUAUGUGUAGCACUAGGUUUCGGUAUCAAAAUGAGUCGGACUACCUUUAUAAAGCUAUCGAAUUUCAUUGCGAAGCAUCCACCUUCAACCAUCAAAACCAACAUCAUCACACCAACACUCAAUAUAUUUUCAAUUGCAAACAUCAAACAAUUUCUAUUCGAUCUAAACACUCAGCUACGAGACUUUAUCAAUGAUAGCAUUUUACCUUCUAUACCAAGAAUCAAAAUAAACUGA